ACUAUUAUGAAGGUUGUUGAGAUGGACGACUAUCUACAAAUUACUUUACCGGAGCUGUGGAAUCUCGACGAUUUUGUUUCUUGGUGCGGUUCGUGUGAGAAGCUUAAAGGUGACAAAGUGAAGAUUCUUGAUCACAUAAAGAAACGACUUGAGAAAACUGAUAAUAACAAGUUGAUUAAGGAGGACAUACGACAAAAGGCAAAAGAUCUUCGCAAGGAAUUUCAGGCAUGGAAAUCCUCACCAACAACAACGAAGUAUUUUGAACAGCUUGAGAAUCGAUAUCAGACAGAGCGAAAGUUGCAAUCGAUAGAAAAUGAGAAAGUUAUUGAGCUUGCUGAGAUAGAACGUAUCAAGGUUUCUCAACUACGGAAUAAUGCAGAAGCAGUAUCGAAAAUUCAUCAGUGUGUUUCUGAUAGUUUUAUGGAAUUUAGUAACGAAACGAUAAGGAUACCAAAGCGCACGUUAGAAUCUGAGGUUCUGGCAAAAGAACAGGAUGAUCAUGAAGAGUUACAGAAUAAACGAACAAGAUAUGUCCAAACCCCUCCUAGUUCGGCUGAGGAGGGUUCGCGGAAGUUGAAAUCACUACAACCAGAUGAAGUGUUGCUUCGAAAAACCCUAAUUGGAAUUCUUAAUAAAUUCAAAUCCAAAGACCAUUCAUUAGGAAAGACUUUUAUGGAUUCUAAUUUUCUUAAUAACAUCAUUGAUCUAACUGAUAAUGAAAUGAAGCACGAAACACUAUCUACAUUGAAUCUUGAUCAAAAGCUAUAUCUCGAUAAAAUGAUGCCUGUAACCGAGUCAAAAUUCCUAGUUCGAAAAUCUUUUAUUGAAGAAUAUUUUGAUCCAUUUCUUCACGAAGGAUACGACAUUGUGCAUGAUAUCAUGAACCAUUUUUCUGUACGUUUAGAAGCACCAAAUAAUUCAGAGUCAAACGUAUGCGAUCGAUACAACAAUAUAUGUUAUAAACCGGCUCUUCCGAAUGCAUCAAGACGUUCUAGAACGGACAUGAUACUUACCAAAGAUACAAAUAAACGAAAAAUAGACGGUGCUUUAAAAGUUAUCAAAAUGAGAAAGAAAGAACAUCAGACGAUAUGUAUUGUUGAAUUCUCCUACGGUAAAUUGGCUCCCGAAAAUAAGGAAAUUAGCGAUGACGUGAAGCUUGCUCGAAAUGCGACCCGAAUCCUAAACAAACUAUUAGAUUCAGUCCCUUGUAAGAAGGCACGUGUAUACACGAUUCAAUGCGUUAAUGGACAAAUCCAUAUACGAUUUAUGGUUCGACCCCUCCCCUCAGUAUAUCUUUACGAAGAGUUUGUGUGCAUUAAAAUCCCAACCUCCUUUGAUGACAUAGAACAAUUUUCUAUGGACAUGAAAAUGCUAAUGGAUUUUCAGUGCGAUGUUUUAAAAACAGUUAAGUCAGUGAACAAACCCGUUGAAAUUAAAAAUGUGGAUAAGUUUGUAGUUGAAAUUACGCCAAAAAAGAAGGCUAGGAAGAAAAGCACUUAA